AUGAACGUGUAUGAUGCUGGUGUGUCACUUGCUGGAUUUUCGUGUUUUGUGACAACAGACUUAGCUAGAGAUUUGGCUAAUGAUGUCAUGUGCUUGGUGAGUUUUCUUGGCUAGUUCAACAUACAUACAUACAUACAUACAUACACUUUAUUGAUGCUCCCUAAGGGGGCUUUUCAGCUCAAUAGAAUAAAAAAUACAAAUUUAUAUAAAUUAAUUAAGAAUGUAAGUACAAUAAUAUUAUAAUUACAAAAAUAUAUCAACUUAAUAAAACAUUUGCAAGAUGACGCCUAAAAUUCCUGGGGCAUUUUAAGGACUUAAUAUUAUCAUUCAAGGAGUUCCAGAGUUUGGCUCCUCUGAAAGCAAAGGAGCGCUGCCCUGUUGACAGGUGACAUUUAGGUAUAUCCAAAGCACCAGAUGAUCAAGUUUGUCUAUUAUGGACUUGAGGAUGUGAUUUAAACAUAUCAGCAAGAUAGUCUGGAACAAGCUUGUUAAUACAUUUGUGCAUCAUAGUAGCGUCAUUUAGAAUGAGUUUCUCUCUAAUAGGAAGCCAUUUCAACGAUCGCAACCCAUCCGAAAUAUGGUGAAGGAUAGGAACAUAAAGGAUAGGAUAGCCAGUUGACUUUCCAAAGUGUAGCAAAUGAGUUGUCACAGCUGUGUUUUAGUAGCAGCUGGUGGUACCUAGUUACUUCUGUAGUUUGCUUUUCAAAAACAUGCAAACUCUCUUGCUGCCAUCAAUCAUCCUAAUGGACCUCUUAGAAAACAGAAGUUUACUUCAACGGGUUCAGAGGUUCUUGGUUUGUGAUUCGUGAUUGAUGAAUUUUGAUCUGUUUUGUUAGUUUCUGUGUUUUAAGGUUCGCUGCUUGUGAUCAUAGUUAUGAUUGAAGGCAGUGAAAAACACAAUCAUGAAGUUGGCUUUUAAACUUCAAAGUUUGUAUGUUAUUCAAAAGUGCAAAGCCAUAAGGUGACUAGAAACUUCAGUUUUAAAUGCGUUUAAAUGUAAUUUAACUAAAUUAGCAACAAAGCGUGAGUAGUUGAGUGGUUGAUGCCUUUGGAUAAUUUUUGCAUGGGUCUUUCAGUCUUGUAAUGCCCAUCAGCUUUGUGUUGCUGGUGUUUGGCUGGCUUUCUUUCCAACCCAUUUAUAUUGGUUUCCUAAAUAAGAGUUUCUAGUUUGAAUCGAAUUCCCCAUGUUUAUGGUAGGUGCCCCUGGUAUACUUGUAAAUUCUCCCACCUUUAUUUUCCACUAGCUUGUGUCCACCAAGCCUUACAUCAGGAAAAGAGCUGUCUUGCUGAUGUACAAAAUAUUUCUCAAGGUAACAUUGUAGAGUGCAAUACAGUGCAUAUUUAUUUUCUUUAAAUUUCAAACCUGCUUCUCUUGUUGUUGUUGUUGUUGUUUUCAUUGUCCAUUAUCUCAGAUCAUAUUAUAAAAGUGAUACUGCAUUGUUUCGUUAGACAAAUACCCGGGCCACAGUUGUUCAAAAGUUGGAUAGCACUUUCCAACAAAUAAAACACUAUUUUUUAAAAAUCUAUAUAUGGUAACUUUCAUUGUUUUGGGUUAUUCCAGUUUCCAGAAGCACUUAGGCCUGCUUUCCCAAGGCUGAAGGAAAAGCUUGAAGAUUCAGAGCCU